UGCUUCCGCAAUUCCAAUUAUAUCAAUACUUUAUUUAAUUUACUCCUAUUUAUUACUCCUGGAAUUAUCUAUUUAUCGGGACAGAUAAUACCGCAUUCUAGGAAGGGCUGAGUUGAGUAUGAUUAAUUUAGAAGAUAUGCUCGCCUUCUUAUUUCCCGUCCUUAGUUUAGGAAAGUGGAAAGUUUUUUCCUUUUAUUUUAGGAAUUUUGGGAACGGAACAUUUCAACAAAGGAAGCCUUUCACCGGUCAAACAAGACCUAAGACUUAAUCUAAAAGAAAUUACUAGAUUGAAUCUAUUUGCAUUAAAAAAACCGAUCAAAAAAGGGCGAGCGAAGUAAGUGAUCGAAAAACUUUGUUCUUUGUUCGUCCUAUCUAUAAGAGGAGAGCAUAUGAAAAAUGUAACCCAUUCUUUCGUUUUUUUAGCUCACUGGCCAUCCGCUGGCAGUUUCGGGCUUAAUACCGAUAUUUUAGCAACAAAUCUAAUAAAUCUAACUGUAGUGGUUGGUGUUUUGAUUUUUUUUGGAAAGGGAGUGUGUGCGAGUUGUCUAUUUCAAGAAUAGAUUGGAUCUAUCCGGCUGCACUUUAGAAUAUUUUUUAGUAUUUUUCGGAUAAAUAAGAAAAGGGUGCACGAUCUCGACGAAUUACUUCUGAAUAAAUUCAGAAAUCAUAUGGAAGAACCAUAGCAUUUCGCGACUCAUUGGUAAAUCAAUUUUGAUUCUCUAUAAACCAAGAAUGUGAGACCAUUAACACGGUUAAAGCUAAACUGCUUGAAGUCCAGGCAAAAAGAGGUACUCUUUCUACAACUAUAUUAGUAUUAGUACCGAAUUUAAACGGGAAAUAGCUAAUGUAAAAUUUAUCUGAUAUAGAACACUCAUAUCGAUAAAAUGGUUUGAACUAUUUACUAGAAAAAAAAAGAAGGGGCACCCUGCCCUUUUUUAACCAAUGCCGAAUCGACGACCUAUGUAUAAAAAAGAGAAAUUUUUUGGAUUUGAAGAAAAAAAAAAAAGAAUUCUAUUAAUUUUCAUUUUCCAUUUAUUUAGUUAGUUUUUCUUAAUGAAAUUGAAAUUAUUAACUAAAGGGCAAAUAUAAAUAAAGAAACAACUUUGCUGACCAUGAUAUAUUUUUAUCUAGGCGGAAGAGUCCUCUUAAUAUUUAUCUAGUCUUAUAUAGGUUUCGGUAUAUUGAAAUAUAAACAUAAAAAAUAAGAUAGAGGAUAGGCUCAUUACUUAUACUUAAAAAAAGAUAUGGAAAUUGCUAUAGCAAAAAAAGAAAAAAAGGAGCGUGAGAGCCAAAUGAAUCGAAAGAUUCAUGUUUGGUUCGGGAAGAGAUCAUAAAAGUUGUAAACUUACAAAAUAAUCUACUUUCAUUAAAAGAUUUAUUAGAUAAUCGAAAACAGAGGAUCUUGAGUACUAUUCGAAAUUCAGAAGAAUUGCGUAGAGGGACCAUUGAGCAACUCGAAAAAGCUCGGAUUCGAUUACAGAAAGUCGAACUAGAAGCGGAUGAGUAUCGAAUGAAUGGAUACUCUGAGAUAGAACGAGAAAAAGCAAAUUUGAUUAAUGCUACUUCUAUUAGUUUGGAACAAUUAGAAAAGUCUAAAAACGAAACCCUUUAUUUUGAAAAACAAAGGGCAAUGAAUCAGGUCCGACAGCGGGUUUUCCAACAGGCCGUACAAGGAGCUCUAGGAACUCUGAAUAGUUGUUUGAAUACCGAGUUACAUUUCCGUACGAUUCGUGCUAAUAUUGGCAUUCUCGGGUCCCUGGAAUGGAAGAGAUAAUUAAAUUAAUUAGGCCUUGAACUUCUACUUUCGUUUAGAAUUUAGGCAUUAUUUUUCCCCUUGCUUUCGAAAAAAGAGUCAAGAAACACUAAUGGCAACCCUUCGAGUCGACGAAAUUCAUAAAAUUCUCCGCGAACGUAUUGAACAAUAUAAUAGGAAAGUAGGGAUUGAGAAUAUAGGUCGCGUAGUUCAAGUGGGGGAUGGGAUUGCUCGUAUUAUAGGUCUUGGUGAAAUAAUGUCGGGUGAAUUAGUCCAAUUUGCAGAAGGUACUAGGGGUAUUGCUCUGAAUUUGGAAUCCAAAAAUGUUGGGAUUGUAUUAAUGGGCGAUGGGUUGAUGAUACAAGAGGGCAGUUUUGUAAAAGCAACAGGAAGAAUUGCUCAGAUACCCGUGAGUGAGGCUUACUUGGGUCGUGUUGUAAAUGCUCUGGCUAAACCUAUUGAUGGGAAAGGCGAAAUUAUAGCUUCCGAAUCUCGCUUAAUUGAAUCUCCUGCUCCAAGUAUAAUUUCCAGGCGUUCCGUAUACGAACCUCUUCAAACAGGGCUUAUUGCUAUCGAUUCGAUGAUUCCUAUAGGGCGCGGUCAGCGAGAGUUAAUUAUUGGGGACAGACAGACUGGCAAAACAGCAGUAGCUACAGAUACAAUUCUCAAUCAAAAAGGGCAAGGUGUAAUAUGUGUUUAUGUAGCUAUCGGUCAAAGAGCAUCCUCCGUAGCUCAAGUAGUAACUACUUUCCAUGAGGAGGGGGCCAUGGAAUACACUAUUGUAGUAGCUGAAAUGGCGGAUUCACCUGCUACAUUACAAUACCUCGCUCCUUAUACGGGAGCAGCCCUGGCUGAGUAUUUUAUGUACCGCGAACGGCAUACUUUAAUAAUUUAUGAUGAUCUCUCCAAACAGGCACAAGCUUAUCGCCAAAUGUCCCUUCUAUUAAGAAGACCUCCCGGCCGUGAGGCUUAUCCAGGGGAUGUUUUUUAUUUGCAUUCACGCCUUUUAGAAAGAGCCGCUAAAUUAAAUUCUCUUUUAGGCGAAGGAAGUAUGACCGCUUUACCAAUAGUUGAGACUCAAUCUGGAGACGUUUCCGCCUAUAUUCCUACUAAUGUAAUCUCCAUUACAGAUGGACAAAUAUUCUUAUCGGCGGAUCUAUUCAAUGCCGGAAUUCGACCCGCUAUUAAUGUGGGUAUUUCUGUUUCCAGAGUAGGAUCCGCGGCUCAAAUUAAAGCCAUGAAACAAGUAGCUGGCAAAUCAAAAUUGGAACUAGCUCAAUUCGCAGAGUUACAAGCCUUUGCACAAUUCGCCUCUGCUCUCGAUAAAACAAGUCAGAAUCAAUUGGCAAGGGGUCGACGAUUAAGGGAAUUGCUUAAACAAUCCCAGGCAAAUCCUCUCCCAGUGGAAGAGCAGAUAGCUACUAUUUAUACCGGAACAAGAGGAUAUCUUGAUUCGUUAGAAAUCGAACAGGUAAAUAAAUUUCUGGAUGAGUUACGUAAACACCUAAAAGAUACUAAACCUCAAUUCCAAGAAAUUAUAUCUUCUAGCAAGACAUUCACCGAGCAAGCGGAAAUCCUUUUGAAGGAAGCUAUUCAGGAACAGCUGGAACGGUUUUCCCUUCAGUAACAAAUAAAUUUGGCAUAUCUACUCUUGUUAUUUUGCAUGUCUACUCUUGUUAUUUGAAUCAUGCAAAAAAGUUUUCUUUGUUUUUAGUUUAGUAUAGUUAUUUAAAGAAUAGAUAGAAAUAAGAUUGCGUCCAAUAGGAUUUGAACCUAUACCAAAGGUUUAGAAGACCUCUGUCCUAUCCAUUAGACAAUGGACGCUUUUCUUUCGUAUUUUAUUCUUUCUUUUAUUCUUUCUUUUAUUUGUUGUCUUCUUCCGAGAAAAAACUGUUAGACCAAAACUCUUUUAGGAAAUCAAAAAAUCCAGAUACAAAUGGAUGAUGUAUAUAUCAUGCAUAUAUCAUUAAAGAAGGAGUAUGGGGCCGGUAGUGGGAAUCGAACCCGCAACCCCAAGGUUAUGAGACUUAUGAGCUACCAAACUGCUCUAUACUCUUAAACUAAAGAGGGGUAACUAGUGGAUAAAAGAGGGUUCGAUACGUCCCUCUACCAUAUCUAUACAAAUAGAAUAGUCCAUUUAUACAGAAUGGUAAAGAGGGCUCCUCUAUGAUUAUCAAUUCCAGAAAUCCAUACAAAUACGAAAGGGUAUUUUAUCCUUACCAACUGGAUCUUGUUGCACCCGGUAAUAAACAUUCAUAAACCAUUUCUCGAAGUACGUGUCCGGAUAGCCCAAAAUGUCGAUAGUUAGCUCUAGGUCUUCCGGUCAAAAAACAACGUCGAUGAAGGCGUGUAGGUGCACUAUUACGCGGUAGGGAUUGCAAUUUUUCUCGCAUUUUCGUUUUUUCACUCAAACUCAAGGGAGAAACUUUGCUUCUUAUCUUUUUUUUUAAAGAUUGACGAAUCAAAUGAUAUUUCUGUUCUAAUUUCUGCCGCUUCUUCUCCCUCUGAAUCAAACUCUUUUUUGCCAUAAUGUGCCGUUGCUAUUAUUAUCAAGUAUACGGUUCUAAUCCUAGAUGGAAAAAUAAAUAGAAAAAGAAAUUUAAGAAGGCGGAUCCUCCCUCUCUAUCAAGAGUAAUGAACUAGGUGCUGAUACAGUACAAAAAAACAAACUAAAUUAACCAAACUUGCCUGAUGUUGAGGCAAUCAAGAAAGCUGCAUAAGUGAAUAUAUAACCCACGGAAAAGUGAGCUAAUCCAACCAAUCUUGCUUGCACAAUGGAAAGAGCCACAGGCUUAUCUCUCCAGCGAAUUAAAUUAGCUAAAGGUGUGCGUUCAUGAGCCCAUGCUAAAGUCUCAAUUAAUUCCUGCCAAUACCCCCGCCAAGAAAUUAAGAACAUAAAUCCAGUAGCCCAAACAAGAUGUCCAAAUAAGAACAUCCAAGCCCAUACCGAUAAACUAUUCAUCCCAAAAGGAUUAUAUCCAUUGAUAAGUUGUGAAGAGUUUAACCAUAGGUAAUCUCUUAACCAUCCCAUCAAAUAAGUGGAGGAUUCAUUAAAUUGUGAAACGUUGCCCUGCCAUAAUGUGAUAUGUUUCCAAUGCCAAUAAAAAGUAACCCACCCAAUGGUAUUUAACAUCCAGAAAACUGCCAAAUAAAA